GCCAUUCCAUUGGUUAAUUGAUCUUGCUAUUAGGAAAUUUCUCCUUAGUUCUAGGUUGCUUCUCUCCUUGGACUGGAAAGUACGUGGGAUUGAUUUGCAUGCUUGCUGUUUGUGGAAGGCAUCUCAUUCUGUGUAGGAGAAGGAUUUUGUCCGGCUUUUCAGUAUGACCCCAUGGAAUCAUGCCUCUUUGGGAUUCUGAUGGCAAAACCCACCCAUGAAAUUGCCAUCAUGUCAUCCAGGGAAACGGACCCAGAUAUCGGAGCCUUUUUAAUCAGCAUCAACCUGGGACAAUACCUUUUAAACUUUAGGAACUCUGGCUACCACACUUUGCAAGAGUGCGUGGGAAUAAAUGACAGCGUCCUUCAACACAUCGGAAUCUCGCCUACGGGCCACCGCAGACGAAUCCUCAAACACUUGGAGGCCACGUUUACCAAAAUGCCAGAAACGGCUGCAUCCGGUCAAAGCUGCUCUCCCAAGCAUCUCCUCGAUCCCAAACAGAAGGAAACAGGUGGCGGGCAUGGACAACAGACCCAUGCAGCUUGCGUCAGCAACUGUGAAAGAAACCCACACUACACAACCCACGUCUUGUUGGGAAACAGAACUAGUCCAGUUUUGGAUCUGGACUCUUCUGACACGUUUGGUCCCAACCUGUUGGCAGAUCCCGCUGCGGUGCCACGAAACUCAAUGAAAAACGUGACGUCAGAGAAGAAACCUUGCACGGAUGAUGCUUCUCUGAAGAAGGGAGACCCAGAAGCUUUGGAGGUUCAACUUAAUGCUGCUCCCAAAGAUGGAUCUUCGUCUUCUGCUUUCUCUCCCACCGAAACGAAAACCAGCGAGGUGGAAGAUCAGCUCUUAUCAGGGUUGGGAGGUUUGCUCGGUGAUCUGCAGGAGCCGUCGUUCUUUGAGUUCAAAGGUGAAAUGGUGGAAAAUGAUCUGUAUUGCACCCAAAGUCCAUCAAGAGUAGGCACCAGGCCAACAAGAUCUUUCAUGCUUCGGCACCGUCCUGUUCCUGAAAUCCCAGGUGUUUCCUCAGAAACGACUUCAAAUAGCUCUCUACACGAACGAAGAAGCGCGAACGGUUUAAGUAUCCAUUGUUCUGAGAAUUGUCUUUCAGGCAACAGAGAGCCAGCUGAAGAAAAGCCACCUCCCAUUUCUCCCUAUGGUGAGACCUUCCUUAUGAAUUCUCCUGAAGACAUGGAAAUCUACAGCAAGGAACCCUCAGAGGUGUUAGAAGAGGAUAAAGAAAAGAAAAGAAUGCCGAGCAGAACAGGUUUGGCUACUAGUAAUCAAACUCAGAAAACCUCCGAAAACGUAAAGGACUCUGAAUUGACUUCCCAAGGAGACCAGAGUCCCUUUCCGAACAGAUUUGUCGGUGAAGCUGAAUCUUCUUUAUUGAAAGAAUGUUCUCGCUACGCUUGGAGGGGAAAAUAUAAACCUACAAAGGGCCUCGGAGAAUUCAAAAGCGGGAGUCUGGAUCUCGAUGUGAAAGACCAGAUGUUUUCUUCCCCGGCUGUUUGCGGUGAUGAAUUAGUCCCUGGCUUCCACGACACAAUCACACCUUAUGCCUGCUUUUACGCUCCGGCAGCAAAGAAGGUUAAGGAAGGUUGGCUGGAUAAACUCUCUCCUCAAGGGAAGCACGUGUUUCAGAAACGCUGGGUGAAGUUUGAUGGCGAAAGCAUGGCUUAUUACAAUAACGAGAAGGACAUCUACUCCAAGGGCAUCAUUCUUCUUUCCGCGAUAGCUACCGUCCGGAUGCACAGAGACAACAAGUUUGAAGUGGUGACAGCACACCGAAUAUUUGUCUUCAGGGCUGAAAAGGAAGAAGAACGGAACAACUGGGUCACCAUCCUCUUCACUGCUCUGAGGUCCCUCCCGGCGAUUUCUCGAGCACGGACGGCCGUUCCUCCAGAAAAAAGCGGCUAUCUGGAAUUGAAAGGCUAUAAAACCAAAAUUUUUACCUUGCUGCAAGGGAACAGUGUCUGGAUUUGCAAGAACAAUCAGGAUUUUAAAUCUGGCUAUGGCAUUACAAUCAUACCGAUGAAUGUAGCUAACGUGAGGCAAAUCGAUCGGAGCUCAAAACAAUGUUUUGAAAUAAUUACACCUUAUCGGAGCUUCAGCUUUACUGCCGAAUCAGAAAAAGAAAAGCAGAAUUGGAUUGAAGCGCUCCAGCAAUCCAUCGCAGAAACUCUCUCCGACUACGAAGUAGCUGAGAAGAUCUGGUUCAACGAAUCAAACCGAAUUUGUGCCGAUUGUAAAACUCCUGAUCCCGACUGGGCGUCCAUCAAUCUCUGCGUCGUCAUUUGCAAGAAGUGCGCAGGGCAGCACAGAUCGUUAGGCCCCAGAGAUUCAAAAGUGCGAAGUCUCAAAAUGGACGCCAGCGUUUGGACCAAUGAACUCAUCGAGCUUUUUAUUGUGAUAGGCAAUGAAAGGUCCAACAGCUUUUGGGAAGGUAACCUCCAGCCAGAUGAAAAAUUAAAAGUGGAUGCCCCAGCUGAUAAGAGGCUAACUUUUAUUACCCAAAAAUACAAAGAAGGGAAAUUCAGAAAACUUACGCUGCUGUCUAAAACCAAGGAUGAGUUAAACAAGGCGCUGUGUGCUGCAGUUAUUAAGCCGGAUGUCUUGGAGACCAUGAUGUUGUUAUUCAGUGGAGCUGACGUGAUGUGCGCCACGGGCGAUCCCGUGUUCAGCACCCCGUAUUUGUUAGCCAAAAAAUCCGGGCAGAGAUUGCAAAUGGAAUUCCUCCAUCACAAUAAGUUUUCAGAUUUUUCCCACUGUGAUGGCCGCACCAACGCCACUUCCUCUCCCGAUUCACCCUUACCGUCCUUCCUUUACGAUAAUUUAUACAUGGUUUCCUUCAACCCUUCCAAGCUGUUUAGUGAGAGAAAAAUUAAGGAAGAGUGCGGUAAGAAAUGGUGCGUGUUGGAAAGCGGCUUUUUGAGUUACUAUGAGAAUGAGAAGAUGGCUACCCCAAGCGGGACUUUGGACAUUGGUGAAGUCAUCUGUCUUGUCAUUCAUAAGUCAGAAGACACCUUACCCAUGGGAGCGAUGUUUACUUUUGAAAUCUACUUACUGUCAGAACGCGCAUUUCUCUUCGGAGCCGACACAGCGCAUUCUCAACGGAAAUGGACUCGGGCAAUUGCUAAGCACUUUGUACCUGAAUUGGCCAGAGGUCUUCAAGAAAGAGAGACUGAUGUUAUUGGCCAGUUGUUCUACAAGGAUUGCCAGGACUUGGAUAAUUGGAAAAAAGGCUGGUUUGCUUUAGAGAAGACCAGCUUGUAUUUUUGCCUCGAACUGGAAAAUUCGCAAGAGAAUUCAAUGUAUCUAAGGCGGCUCCAGGAGUUAACGAUCAGCAGCUGCGUCCAAAAUGGAGAAAAAACAGAUGUUCUGCUACUGGUCGAGAAAGGAAGAACAUUAUACAUCCGCGGCCACACCAAGUUGGAUUUCACCGUCUGGCAUAGCGCCAUUGAAAAAGCAGCCAGUACCAAUGGCAACCUGUUAGAAGAUCAGCAGCUCAGCAGAAACGACGUGCCGAUUAUAGUGAACAGCUGUAUCGCAUUUGUUACGCAGUACGGUUUGGGAAGCAAACAUAUCUACCUGAAGAAUGGAGAUCCUUCAUGUGUGAGGGAGCUUUUGGAAGGUUUCAAAAAAGAUGCCAGAAGUGUUAAGCUGAGGGCCGGGACGAACCGCCUGGAAGAUGUUACGGAUACGCUAAAAUGUUUUCUUUGUGAACUAGACGAUGCGCUACUGACCAAAGAACUUUAUCCUUUUUGGAUCUCAGCAUUAGAUACACUGGAUGACAAAGACAGGGUGAGAAAAUACAGCACCUUCAUUCGCGCCCUUCCACCCGUCAACAAAGCAACUCUGGCAGCAUUAAUGGAACAUCUUUACAGGGUUCAGAAAUGUUCAGAGAUCAACCUGAUGGAGCCCCACAAUCUGGCGAUGGCUUUCUCCUCCUGCUUGUUUCAAACCAAAGGACAAAUGAGCGAAGAGGUUGAUGUGGUGGAGGACUUAAUUGUAAAUUACGUGCAGCUUUUUGAUAUUCAGCAAGAUCGUGUGAAGCAAAUGGACAUUGAGAACAGCUUCAUCACCAAAUGGAAAGACACGCAAAUUUCUCAGGCUGGAGACUUGCUAAUUGAUGUCUAUGUGGAAAGGAAGGAACCCGAUUCCAGUAUUAUAAUAAGGAUCUCACCAACAAUGGAGGCGGAAGAAUUGACUCACGACGUACUGGGCAUCAAAAACCUCACCCCUCACAAGGAUGACACGUGGGCCACCUUUGAAGUGAUUGAAAAUGGAGAACUAGAACGUCCCUUGCAUUGCACCGAGAACAUCCUAGAACAGAUCCUUCACUGGAGUUCCUUGGCCAACCCCAGCAAUGCCUCUCUUAUAAUAAAGAAAUUUCCAACCGUAGGACUUACGGGUGAAGGUUCCAAACAUUCAGGGAGCCCAUCGUCACCCAAGAUUAAUUUAGAGGAAACUUCCAGAGGCCCCGUCAAAGCCGGCUACCUCAAAUACAAAGAAGAACCCUCCAAGCUUCUGUCUGCCAAUAAAUUUCAAGACCGCUAUUUCGUUUUACGAGAAGGAAAAUUGUGGCUUUAUAAGGACAUGAAGAGCAGCAAAGCGGAGAAAGCGUUUCCUGUCAAGUCGCUGAAACUUUACCUCGGGGUGAAGAAAAAACUGAAACCACCAACGAACUGGGGUCUAACACUGCUGUCUGAAAAGCAUCAUUGGUAUUUGUGUUGUGAUGGACAGAAUUCUCAGCUAGAAUGGCUGAACAGCCUUUUUAUGGCUCAGCACAAUGCUAUAUGUCCACCAAGCGGGAAGACAAGGAAACCAUCUAUUACAAAAAAUCCAAAAAUUGUUGGGCUACCUUUAAUACCAAUUCAACACCACCAAAGUAUCCCAAGAGCUAAAGCCAGCUUAGCAGAGAAUUCAAAACUGGAACCGGAACGGGACUUAGCCGAAGAGAAGACCAGUUUAAAGGAACGAGUAUCACGGGUUGUCCAACAUAAAGAACGAAAGGAGGAAAAAAUCUGGAACCAAGGAAGAAAGCAUCGCAGCCUGAUCUGUUUGGAGGACAUGGCUGAAGAUGUUGUGAACUUGGACCGCCGAUCCUGCAAAGAAUCCAAAUCACCAAGGAGAAAUGAGAGCAAAGCAAGAGAAACUCCCUUGGAAUCUGAGAAGCAGCUGCCAGCAAAUGUUCUUCACGAGCUCCAUGCAGUCUUACAGAGGACCAGAGCUUUCCAUGAUGACACCUAGAAGCCCUUUAGAUAUGGACAUCAAAGAAAUGAAUUAUUUUAAUGUACAGUGUACAUACUUUCAAUGUAUUUAAAUGUAAAUGUUGAACUAAAAGAGAUCAAGUGCUCUCUA